AUGGCCACCGUCAACACCAAGACCGGCCAGGAGGUCGACCGCCUCACUCUCGAUUCCAUGCUCCGGCGCCGCAUGUUCUACACUCCCUCCUUCGAAAUUUAUGGUGGUGUCUCUGGUCUCUAUGACUAUGGCCCUCCCGGAACCGCCUUGAUCGCCAACAUGACCGACGCGUGGCGCAAGCAUUUCGUGCUCGAGGAGGAUAUGCUCGAGGUCGAUUGCACCAUGCUCACCCCGCAUGAGAUUCUCAAGACCAGUGGCCAUGUCGACAAGUUCGCCGAUUGGAUGUGCAAGGACCCCAAGACUGGCGAGAUCUUCCGUGCCGAUCACUUGGUGGAGGAGGUGCUGGAGAACCGCCUGAAGGGUGACAAGGAGGCCCGUGGCCAUAAGGUCGAGGUCGACGCAGAGAAGGAGGCCAAGAAGAAGAAGAAGUCCAAGGCCGCCCAGGCUGUCAAGCUGGACGAUGCUCUCGUCAAGGAGUACGAGGAGACUCUGGCUCAGAUUGACAACUUCGAUGGUCCCGAUCUGGAGAACAUUAUCAAGAAGUACAACAUCCGCAACCCCGCUACCGAUGGCGAGGUCCAGCCUCCCGUCGCCUUCAACCUCAUGUUCCAGACCUCUAUCGGUCCCAGCAGCAACAUGCCCGGUUACCUUCGUCCUGAGACUGCUCAGGGUCAGCUAUGCCUUUCGCUUCGGCCUCCAUUGGAAAGUCCUUCCGUAACGAGAUCUCCCCCCCGUGCCGGUCUGCUGCGUGUGCGUGAGUUCCUCAUGGCUGAGAUUGAGCACUACGUCGACCCUGAGGGUGGCAAGAAGCACCCCCGCUUCGUUGAGGUCAAGGAUGUUGAGAUGUCCCUGCUGGACCGCAACGUCCAGCUGUCUGGUAGCACCAAGACCACCAAGAUGACCAUCGGCCAGGCCGUCGAGACCGGCCUCGUCGACAACGAGACUCUGGGCUACUUCCUGGCCCGUAUCCAGCUUUUCCUGACCAAGAUUGGUGUUGACUUGACCAAGCUGCGUUUCCGUCAGCACAUGGCCAACGAGAUGGCUCACUACGCCGCUGACUGCUGGGACGCCGAGCUGCAGACCAGCUACGGCUGGAUUGAAUGUGUCGGCUGUGCUGACCGCAGCGCCUACGAUUUGACUGUGCACAAGAACAAGACCGGUGCCCCGCUUGUGGUGCGCGAGACUCGCCCCGAGCCCCUCCGCAUCGAGGAGUACCAGAUCGACCUCGAGAAGAAGAAGUUCGGUCCCCGCUUCAAGAAGGACGCCAAGACUGUCGAGAAUGCCGUCGAGGCUCUGACCCAGGAGCUGCGCGAGAAGCUGUCUCUGGAGCUGGAGCAGCAGGGCAAGAUCGAGAUCGAUGUCGAGGGCGUUGGCUCCGGCAAGGUUGAGCUCGACAAGGAGUUGAUCAAGAUUGAGAAGCGUACCCGCGUUGAGAAUGUCCGCGAGUACACUCCCAACGUUAUCGAGCCUUCUUUCGGUAUUGGCCGUAUCAUGUACAGCAUGAUCGAGCACGUCUACUGGUCCCGUGCUGGUGACGAGGCCCGUGGUGUCCUUUCUUUCCCUCCUGCUAUCGCCCCCACUAAGGUUCUGCUGGUCCCUCUCUCGACCAACCCUGCCUUCAAGCCUCUGACCCUGAGCCUGACCACCAAGCUGCGCCGUCUCGGUGUCUCCACUCGCGUGGAUGACUCUUCCGCCAGCAUUGGCAAGCGUUACGCUCGUAACGAUGAGUUGGGUACUCCCUUCGGUAUCACCGUCGACUUCCAGUCCGUCAAGGACAACACCUUUACCCUGCGCGACCGUGACUCCACCAAGCAGGUCCGUGCCAGUGAGGACGAUAUCCUCCAGGCCAUCAAGUCUCUCACUGAUGGCGAGGAGACCUGGGAGGAUAUUGCCAAGCGUCUUCCUGAGUUCACUGGUCAGGAGGUUGACGUGCGGCCCGCAGUUUACCUCCGCGGUAUCACCCAAUCCGGCCGCGCCAAGAAUCCGGGGCAACUCCCAGCUUCCGCCUCGGUUUCAAACUGUCCUCUUCCUCUCAGCGAGAGAUACAAUCUAACCAAAAUGGCGCCCAACAUCUACGCCGCGAAAAUCACACUCUCGUGUCCUCUCUUCGCCGCCGAUUUCGACCCCCGCGACAAUGGUCGUCUGUUUGUCGGCGGCGGGGGCGGCGAAGGUCGCAGCGGCGUUGGGAACAAGAUCUCCCUCCUUGACACGUCGCGUCGAGAUGAGAUCACCGAAGCCGUCGAACUGAACUUGUCGCGCGACGAAGACUCCGUGACGUCGCUAGCUGCGGCGCCGCAGAAUGACGAUGACGACCAUUCCCUUAUUGUCCUGGCUGGUAUCAACAGCUCCCUCGCAGAGCAGAAGAAGAAUAAUAACCAGCAUAUGCGUGCAUUCCGGUUCGAGGCGCCACGGAAGGUACAGACAGACCAGGCCGUGACCAGCGCGGGCGCGAGCGGCCAGCAAACGACCGAGGGUAGCAAAGAGAAGGAGGAGAAGAAAAAGGUGGAAGUGAUUCCUGGGUCAUCAGAAGCUGUUUCUCGUGCUUCUAUCUUCCGCACUAAGGGCCCUGGCUCAGAUGAUACAUACCAGCGUAUCAUGAGGCUGUCGCCGUGGAAGAAGCAGUCCGAGGGCGAGGACACAGACAAGAAGAGCAAGGACACCCGCAUAGGAGCUAUCGCAACGGGCAUGGCCUCGUCUGGCGAGAUUGUUUUCUUCCGCGCGACUGGUUCUCCCAGCGAAUCCGAUGUGAUUGGCCGUAUUCGCCUCGGCUCCAACGAGGAAGCUGAGGAUGUGGAUUUCGCAGACCUCGAGCUUGACCCAGAGCAGAAAGAUGCUCGUGGGAAAUAUCGCAUGGCGUAUACCAACGGCGUGGACGUGAUGGUUGGAGAGAUCUCAUCUUCUACCCGCUCCAACGCUGCCCCAGAUGUCCAUAGUAUCUACACAAUUCCUCUCCCCAGCAGCGGUGCUAAAGCCAUGCGGCCCAAGAUUCGCUCAUUACGCUUCAUCUCAACAAACACGAUCCUGCUCCUCCAAAAUGCCCCCGACCGUGGCGGAAGCGAGCUCAUCCUCAUAAGCGUCCCUAACGACAAGAACCACCUCUCGGCCGUCCUCCGCCGACGCAAACUGCCCCGAAGCGUGAAGAUCGGCCUUGGCCUCGACGUCUGCCCACUCGGCACAAAUCCAGUCGGCCAACAACAAACCAUCGUCGCAGCCAGCGGAAGCGACAACUCAAUCAACAUCUGGACUCUAGAAAACAGCUCAACGAAAGGAUGGUCCCGCUUCAGACCCUACACAACCCUCACCGAAGUCCACCCCUUCUCAAUGACGAAACUCGUCUUCUCAACCUUCACUCCACCCGCACACCCCAUAACGCCAGAAGUCCUCCCCCAAAGAGUCAAACUCGCCUCAAUAAGCAUGGGCAAUACAGUCGUCGUUCACACACUACCUCUCUCCCCUUUCCCCCCAUCCUCCAGAACAGCCCGCUACGUCCUCGUCCUCCCCGGCCCCGCCGAAUUCUGGGAACUCAUGUAUUUCAUGACAAUGUGUUUGAUCUCUCUCCUCACGAUUAUGACUGCAUUGUACGCCUACGCGGAAAUUCGCGGCGGUGUCCCGCCUUUCCUAGGCUCGACGGGCUGGUUACCCGUAUCCUGGCAAAACUCCAUCGCAAACGAAUACGUCGUCCCACCAUUCGAGCAGCGCUCGUUUUUGGAUAAUUUCUUCGUUUCCGGUCCGGAUGCCAAUACCAAUAUAAACGCGAAAACUCCUAUCCCAAAAGCACAAAUCACACCCGAAGAAGAAACCCAACUCGAACAUGAAUUAUCCAGUCUAAAAGAUAUCCUUGACAGAGUACACUCAUCCGGCGCCGCACCUGCUGAUAUCGAAUCUAUCUCCUCGCACGAAGUCUCCAUCAUUGUCCGCUGUACCGAGCACAAUGAUGCCGAGACGAGCAUUCUCGUUGAAACAGCUUCGUCGACGCAUGCGGAGAAGGUUUCUGAGAUGGAGAAGUUGCGCGCUUGGAAGGAAUUGAGUGAGUCUGAUCGGGAUCUCUGGAAGAAGAAACUUACGGAUGCGGGGAGGUGGACGGCGCAUCAGGGGGAGAGUGUGCUAAAGGGUGUUUUGUUUGGGGAGGUUUGUGGUGGGAUUGGACGGGUUGUUAGGGAUAGUUUAUAG